CGGGCUCGGUGCCAGCAGUGGGGGCACAGCCCAUGGAGCUGAGCCAGGAGGGUGCCUGAAGCUGCCAGAAGGAGCCGUGAGGGGGUGGGGGACAUGGAGCCCCCCAACAGCAGCGUGGCUGGGCAGGCACACUCGUGUUUCGGGGUGUUCAACGCCAGCGACGGCCGCGCCAACGCACGGAGCAGCAUCGCCUCGCCCUGGUUCUCCACGGCCUUCGGCCUCAUCGGCCUCUGCUCCAACCUCUUCGCCCUCUGUGUCCUGCUCAGCUCCUCCCGCAAGCUCUCCAGCCACGCCCGCUCCUCCUUCCUCAUCUUCCUCUGCGGGCUGGUGGUCACGGACUUCAUGGGGCUGCUGGUGACAGCCUCGGUCAUCAUCCCCUACCACUUCAUCAAGUUCCCCUGGGCCGAGGUGGACCCCGACUGCCACCUCUGCAACUUCCUCGGCUUUUCCAUGGUGUUCUUUGGGCAGUGCCCGCUGCUGCUGGGGGCCACCAUGGCCGGAGAGAGGUUCCUGGGCAUCAACCGCCCCUUCUCCCGCUCCACCAGCAUCUCCAAGCGCCGUGCCUGGGCCAUGGUGGGGCUGGUGUGGGGCUUCUCCUGCCUGCUGGGGCUGCUGCCGGUGCUGGGGUUGGGUAGGUACACGCUGCAGUUCCCCGGCUCCUGGUGCUUCCUCACCCUCCUGCCCGACACCGGCGACAUCAUCUUCUGCCUGCUCUUUGCUCUGCUGGGCAUCCUGUCGGUGCUGCUCUCCUUCAUCCUCAACACCGUCAGCGUGGUCACACUCUGCCGCGUCUACCACGACCGCGAGUCGGUGCAGCGGCGCCGCGACAGCGAGGUGGAGAUGAUGGUGCAGCUCGUGGGCAUCAUGAUCAUCGCAACCAUCUGCUGGAUGCCCCUCCUGAUCUUCAUCGUGCAGACGGCGCUGCAGCGCCUGCCCGGCGGGCGGGCACAGGAGCUGCCCACGGACACGCAGGAGAUGCUGCUCAUCUACAUCCGCAUGGUCACCUGGAACCAGAUCCUGGACCCCUGGGUGUACAUCCUGUUCCGGCGGGCGGUGCUGCAGCGCGUGUACCCCCGGCUGCGCCCCCGGCCCUCCAUCGUGUCCCUCACGCCCUCCCUGCGCCGCAAGCUCACCGCCGGCUCCGUCCUGCAGUAGCGCCCGGGCUGGGGGGGCACGGCCAGCCCCCCAUCCC